AAAUUGGGGCUGGAUGACUGUUGCUUUGAGCUGCUCUCCUCCGACACCAUUCAGAAUUGCAACAGGCUCACUGACAAGAAUGUCCUAGGUCACUGGAGGAAUGGGGAGAAAUGGGAGAGUAGCUGAAACUCCACCUCCUACUGCUUGUGUGGCUUCUGCUUCCCAGUCAGCUGUUCAAUGCCAGCAGUGAUGACAGAUGGAGGGCACGGAGCCUGCCCAAGGCCGCGUGUCCUGGUGAGGUGGCUUUGGAAUUAGAAUGCACAGCGCCUGAAUUUCAGACCCUGGAUCCAAACUGCCUACCACCCUGCAUUAUUGCAAGUAGCUGCCAGCAGCAGGGGAAAGAGGCCGGGGCAGCAUUCGUUCAUAUAGUCACAGAUACGUAUGGCAUGCCCAGUGUGUUCCAGGUGAUGUUCUAGGCACUGGGAACUGAGAAAGAGAGAGGCAAGGCCCUUGCUGUCACGGAGUUUACAGGCCAGUGCGGGAGACAGACAGUGGACAAAUAAACCAAAAGACAGCUGUCACGGAACCCACUACAAUGGGUUGGUGGAAGGACAAUUUCUGGAUCAUCUUAGCUGUGGCCAUGAUUGUUGUCUCUAUGGUCCUGGGCCUCAUCCUGUACUGUAUCUGUAGGCGGCUGCUUAGACAAGGCAAGAAAUUGAACAUUUCUAAGCCCGUGAAACAAAAGCCAAGAGAUGAAGAAAUGAUGUAUGAGAAUGUUCUCAAUGAUUCACCAGUUCAAUUACCCCCUCUGCCACCCAGGGACUUGCUUUCUCAACAAGACACCUGCCCACAGGAAACCCUGAGUAAGCCGCCAGUGAUGUACUCAUUGGUAAAUAAAGUGAGAAAUAUGAAGACAAUUUCCAUCCCGAGCUAUAUUGAGCCUGAAUGCGACUAUGACGAUGUUGAAAUCUCUGCAGAUAUGGAGAACCAUCAUUUUGAAACCACUGUUUCUUCUUUUUGGCAAGCUGAAGAGGGUUCACACAGCUUAUUUUAAAACUAUCAAGAAUAAUUGAACUCCUAUAGAUGUCCAGUCCGGGAAGCCUGUGGUAAUGUUAUGAAGCUCUGUAAGAUAAGCGCUUCCUGAACCCGAGAUAAAGAAACGUCAAUCAUCAAAUGACUGCAGCCACACGAAAGAUGUGAUGCUCAACUCUGAAGACUGAGAGGAGUCAGGCCUUCUUUUUUUUUUUUUUUUCAUGAUAUAGAAGUUUAUUCAUUUCCUAUGGCUGCUGUAACAAAGUAUCACAAACUCGGUGGCUUAAAAUGCGCAAAUUAUCCUCUUACAAUUCUGGAGGUCAAAAGUCAAAAAUCAGUUUUCUGACCUAAAGUGAAGGUGUCAACAGGGCUGGUUAUUUCAGGAGGCUCUUGGCGGCCUUGAGCUUCUGUUGAGCAAGUUUCCAUGGGGAGGCCCACCGGGCUCCAUGGCUCCCAUCCGCGAGAAACCACUGUUCUCCACCUUCUUCCCCUUUUCCUUCCCUUGUUUGUGUGGUUCUAAGUGAUCUUAAAGCUUGGUGCUUACUUGUGCAGAUCUUCCCAGGCUCCCAUCCCCAGCAGGGCCCCCACAGAGCACAUGGUCUUUUUCCCACCAGCCCCUCCCACCUCCUGCAUUGAGCAUCUACAGGUCACUGCGUCAGCCUGGUGAGUUAUUCAAGGGUGGGGAGUGCUUGUUGUUCUUGUGAAGCUCCUCACCAACACACACUUCAAACCCCAGUGCCUCUUUAUUACAUUGGCCAGAAUUACCACAGAGAUUCAAGUUUUCACCCAGGUUUUUUCCUGUGUUUCCUGGUUGCACCAAAACAAUCAACAAAGGACAGAAGUUACUUUCUGGACCGAAGGACCGACGUUACAUGUAGAGGUGUCAUUUUGCAAUGUGUGUAUUGGGCUAUAGGAAAAAUAGUUUUCCCCAGGAAAAAUCAUGGGGAACAGAAAAGAAAAGGGCGAUUAAAUGGCAGAUGCAAGAUGAGAGCUCAGCGGGUUUUACUUCCCUCCUCCAUCAUUUUCAUUACUGUUUCCUCCCCUAUAUAAAGUUCUAUGCAAACAGCGCCUAGACGCUUCUUCCAGGUCAUGGUCCCCACUGUCUGGGAGGCAGAAACUCUAGUGUGAUGAGCUGCAGCUAGUAAGAUGCCAAAGGGAAAUGGGCUGCUGUCCUGUUAAAUAAGUGUCCUAGUGUGGUCACUGAGACCCAGUCAGCUUAGUAGGCUCCUGAACCUCAUCAGUUCUUUCAAGUUAACUUGAGCUUAACACGUUCUAACCAGAGCCCUAGAGCUUAACGCUUUCUAACCAGACUCACAAGAUGCUGAUUUCUCAUCAGUCCCUGAGAAAUCCAGCUAACGAGCAAGCGCUUGGGAGAGCACGAUAAACAGUGGAAAGGCCUGGGAAUAGCUCUUGCCUUGGAUUGAGCUCCUCCUCAAGAGAUGGAAAGCGUGUUCCUGCCAUAUCAAGCUUCCUCUCUCAAUCAACGCCAGACCAGUUCUUUCUUUCUAGACUCCAUGGAGACUUUUAGCUCCUUUUUUUAGGCCACUGGUUCCCUGACUAUGGCCUUAUGAGUGUCUAGGAUUCCAUGAACCAAAGAGAGGACCUCUUUUCCCAAAUUAUAGAAAAUAAGCUAAUGGAUAGAAGUGUUUUCGCAUGUAUGCUUUCCCCUUAUAAAUUUUCUGUCAGUCUUCAUGACAAAAGUUAAAAGCAAAUACCAGAUAAAUGUUAACUCCUCCUUGCUUUCUGAGACUUCUCCUGGCUCUCCUGCCUGCCUGUCCUUUCUCAGCCUGGUUUGUGAGCCCCCCUCUCUCUGAAAUAUCUCUUUAAUGUUGGUCUUCCUCUGGGUUCUCUCCCGCUCCAAACACUCAUGAGUGAUCUCACCAAGGCCCAUGGAUUCAGAGCCCCUCUAUUCUGAUGCCUUCCAAAUCGCAGACCUUAGCUGAGCCCUCUCCUCAGUUCCAGACCAAGUGGCCUCCAGGACAUCUCCAUAUGACCCCACCCCCACCCGCCAGGUCUCUCAAGUUCAAUAUAAACUGAAAGGAACUAAUUACCUACCCCACGGGCUCUGCUAUCUUCUUCGUUGCUGACUAGCAUACUAUCUAGAGUCCUUUCCAAUGUUCCCCACCUCCUAUUGAUUGCACCUUUCAAAGAACUCUCCAAUCAGUCCAGAUGUCUCCAUCGCCACUCCUGGGUCAGGUGUUACCAGCACUUGCCAGGAGAACUUUAAUAGCCUUCCAACGGGUCUCCUACCUCUGGCGUCUCACCCUCCAAUCCCCUUUCUACAUGGCAGCCAGUGGUUUUCUAACAUGAAUGUCUGACCACUUUAUUCCCUUGCUUAAAGUUCUUAACCCAUUAUCCUCAGAAAAAGCCCAAACUUCUUAAUAUGGGUUAUAAGAUUUGCCCGGAUCUGGUCACCAGUUAUCUCCUGCCAACUCUCUCCUUCCCUACCCCCUUGCAACUUCCACCGUGCCCACAUUUUUGUUCUGGCCACUUAAAAUGACCUUGUCUGUGGUCUCUCUUGCCCUUAUGGAUAUGCACAGUACUCUCCCCUCUGUCUGGAACAUUCUUCCCCAUUUUCUGAUCCCUCCCAUCUCUGCUUAGAUCCUUUCCUCACCACUCCUAAUUUGGCUCUGGUGCCCUCUUAGAUGAUCUCCUCUCAUAACGUCAGCAUGCUGUAAUUACCUGUCUACCUGUCUUUCUCCUCCACUGGACUGAGCACAGCAUGAGGACAGAGACUACACAGUCUCUUUCCCCCAUUGUUCCCUCUGUUCCCAACACAAUGCCCAGGCACUGCAGAUGCUCAAUAAACUUGUUGAAUAAAUGAUCAGUUGAAUGAAUGAAUGAAUGAAUGAAUGAACUGCUCUGGGAUCUCACCAAUCCAUGUACUUGUCCCUCUGGAAACACUUCUCCCUCUGCAUUAUAAUAGCCUGGUAAAUUUUCCAUUCUUCUUUCUAAUCUAGAGCUCCUUUGGGGUGGAACUUGUGUGGUUCACUGCCAUGUUCCAAGUCUCCAGCAUAUAAUAAUAUGCUGGUACAUAAUAAGAAUUUAAUAAAUAUUUGUUGGAUGUUGGACAUUAAUGGAAAUUCUAUCAAUCAGUUUGACAAAACAAUCAAGCAGUUUUUAUCUGGGCGUGUGUAAUUUGGUUGAGAUUUUCUUCUGGGCACUUGUAAUAAAGCCGCAUUUUCUGCCAACAAAGUUGUUACCAGUUUGGAUGAUAGAAUUAAAUAUAUCAAGAUUUCACAGGACCUUUUUCUGUACCCUAACCCCAUAGGAAACCCCAAGUCAGCCAUCAGCUACAUACUCAUAAAGUUAGAAAUAAAAAGACAAUUUCCACCCUGAGCUAUGUGUAGCUUAAAGAUGAUUAUGAUGAUGUCAAAAUCACUACAAAUAUUCAAAACCAUCAUUUUGCAACAACUCCUGUUCUGCCACCUUAACUGUUUUGGGAACUGAUGGUUCACUCAUACCACAAAUCAGUGGAUUAUAGUUUUCUUUUAAAAAGCUAGCAGUCUAGGCCGGCCGAGUGGCGUGAUG